UCCUCCUCAUUAUUCCCGGGCUUCCUCCUGUGUACACCGCUCCCGCCCCGCCUACCAUUUAAUCCCCACCUCCCCUGGCCUCUGCCGCCCCGCCCGCCGCACAGAAUCGCUUUGUACACCCGGCGAGGGCCUCCUUGAAACCCUAGCUUGCCAAGCCCCGCAGGGUCAUGGGCAAGUACAUGCGCAAGGUCAAGGUUUCCGGCGAGGUCGCCAUCAUGGAUGUGUCCUCCGCUCCGCUCGGAGUCCGCACCCGCGCGCGCGCCCUCGCGCUGCAGCGCCUGCAGAAGCAGCAGGCGCAGGGGGAGGAGGGCGCCGGCGGCGAGUACCUGGAGCUAAGGAGCCGGAGGCUCGAGAAGCUGCCGCCAACAGCAGCGCCCAUGAGGAGGAAGGCCGCGGCCGCGGCAGCCGCCGCUAAGGAGGAGGUGGAGGCGUCGUACGGGGAGAACAUGCUCGAGUUGGAGGCCAUGGAGAGGGGUACCAGGGAGACGACGCCCUGCAGCUUGAUUAACUCUGAGAUGAUUGCCACUCCCAGAACUCCCGGGUCCACAACAAGAUCCAAUCACUCUUCCCACCGCAGGGUGAAAGCUCCUCCGGUGCACGCCGUCCCAAGUUCAAGGGAGAUGAAUGAGUACUUCGCUGCUGAACAGCGACGCCAACAACAGGCUUUCAUUGACAAGUACAACUUUGAUCCUGUAAAUGACUGCCCUCUCCCAGGCAGGUUUGAAUGGGUGAAGCUAGACUGAUUGAUUCAGAGGACAAGAGAGCAGCAGCAUGGAACUCACCUCCGCUCCCUCCACCACCGCAGUGUCGUGGCAGUGGCGCAUACCGUUGUGUUAGCUUUGUUUCUGUUGUAAAAACUUAGUGUUAGCCUGUAGCCUUAAUUGUCGUGUGUUACAGUACAGAACUGAUGCUGAGUUACAACACCCUGAUCUGUUCCCUCAACUCCAAUGUAACCCUUAACAGCUCAUUCUGUAAGGAACCUAUCACCCUGUUACCAGUUGCUGAAUUAGUGAACUAGAGCUAGAUAAUGAUGUUUUAUCAUAGUUGUUAAUAACUUGUCGUCUGUGAUGUUGCAGUUGAUGUAAUUUUUGUGUACGAUCCUGCUCUUUGUAUCUCAGUAUCUGCAAAGCUGGCUGCCAUGGUUGAA